CGUGCUUUCCCUGCAGUGUGCGGUCACGUGGAAACCCGAGCCCACGCUGAGGAAAGGCUCCUGAAGAAACUCUUCUCGGGCUAUAACAAGUGGUCCCGCCCCGUAGCCAACAUUUCGGACGUGGUGCUGGUCCGCUUUGGCUUGUCCAUCGCGCAGCUCAUCGAUGUUGAUGAGAAGAAUCAAAUGAUGACCACGAACGUGUGGGUGAAACAGGAGUGGCACGACUACAAGCUGCGCUGGGAUCCCCUGGAAUAUGAAAACGUGACAUCAAUCCGGAUCCCCUCUGAGCUCAUCUGGAGGCCGGACAUUGUCCUGUACAACAAUGCGGAUGGGGACUUUGCUGUCACUCACCUGACCAAAGCCCACCUGUUUUACGAUGGCAGAAUCAAAUGGACACCUCCUGCCAUCUACAAAAGCUCCUGCAGCAUUGAUGUCACCUUCUUUCCCUUUGACCAGCAAAACUGCACCAUGAAGUUCGGCUCCUGGACCUAUGACAAAGCCAAGAUAGACUUAGUGAGCAUGCACAGUCACGUGGACCAGCUGGACUACUGGGAGAGUGGGGAAUGGGUCAUCAUUAAUGCCGUGGGCAACUACAACAUCAAGAAAUACGAGUGCUGCACAGAGAUCUAUCCUGAUAUAACCUACUCCUUUAUUAUCAGGAGGCUGCCUUUGUUCUACACCAUCAAUCUGAUCAUCCCUUGCCUCCUCAUCUCCUGCUUGACCGUCUUGGUCUUCUACUUGCCUUCGGAGUGUGGUGAGAAGAUCACGCUUUGCAUUUCCGUGCUGCUGUCGCUGACUGUCUUUCUGCUGCUCAUCACCGAGAUCAUCCCCUCCACCUCCCUGGUCAUUCCCCUGAUCGGAGAGUAUCUGCUCUUCACCAUGAUAUUUGUCACCUUGUCCAUCAUCAUCACUGUCUUCGUACUGAACGUGCACCACCGCUCACCACGCACCCACACCAUGCCAGAUUGGGUGAGAAGGAUCUUCCUCGACGUGGUCCCGCGCCUCCUCUUCAUGAAGCGGCCCUCGGCAGUGAAGGACAAUUGCAAGAAGCUCAUCGAGUCCAUGCACAAAAUAGCCAACGCUCCAAGAAUUUGGUCCGAGACCGAAGCAGAGCCCAACUUUGUGACCUCCUCUUCAACCAGCCCUCAGAGCAAUGAGCAAUCCCCCACAUCCUCCCUCCGUGCCCAUCUCGAGGAGCCAACCAAGCCCCCAUCGGUCUGCAAGUCACCUUCAGGCCAGUACUCUGUGCUGCCCCAGGACCCGGUGCAGGUGAGCUGCUCUUCCCCGCAGCCCCCCAGCCACCCCCUGAGCGACACGCAAUCUUCCUCCAUCGCCAAAAGCAGGUCAUUAAGCGUUCAGCAGAUGUACAGCCCCAAUAAAGAUGAGGAAGGGAGCAUCCGGUGUAGAUCCAGGAGCAUCCAGUAUUGCUACCUGCAGGAGUCGUCGUCCCAGACCAACGGCCAGUCCAGCGGCUCUCCGGCCUCUCAACGUUGCCGCCUGAAUGAAGACCGGUCCCCACGCAAGCCCUCUCCCUGCAAGUGCAAGUGCAAAAAGAAGGAAGCCGCUGGCACUUCAGGGCAAGGCACCAAAGCUCACAGCACCAAAGAGCAGCCCCUUCUGCUGAUGUCCCCUGCCCUGAAGCUGGCGGUGGAGGGGGUCCACUAUAUCGCAGACCACUUGAGAGCAGAAGAUGCAGAUUUCUCAGUGAAGGAGGACUGGAAGUACGUCGCCAUGGUCAUCGACAGAAUCUUCCUCUGGAUGUUCAUCAUCGUUUGCUUGCUGGGAACUGUCGGUCUCUUCCUUCCACCUUGGCUAGCAGGCAUGAUCUAAUAGCUUUGGCAAGAACAAAGUUUGCCCCAUUCGGAGGGUUUUCGGCCACCUGGAAGGAGACGGAGCAGGAGACAGGUCUCCCCGAAUAAUUUACCGUGUGUCUGCGCAUGAAUCGUUCCCGAGAGCUCUGGGAACACCUUCUACGGUUGCAUCAUUUGCCAAGCCAUUCUCAUCUUCUGCAUCUUCUUUCUGGGGGAAACUGUUAUUAAUGUGUAUACAUAGCAUGGUGGCAUUCAUUGACGUAUAUCUAACAAAGGAAGGACAUGGGCACGGGUCCUGAAAGCAGUGCAGAUGGUGGCGUUGUAGACAGACCAGCCAAAUUAAUUUCACUUGACUCGAGGGAGGCGCCCGUGUGUCCUCAAAGAGCAAGGUCACCUCUAAACCUGAAGUCAUUCAGGAUGGUAUGUCCUUGUGACGGUCCUUUUAUAAAGAAAGGGUCAGAUUUGGGAUUCCUGUCCAGGAGAUGCUCUGACAGUCAAGGUGUAGACACAGCUGGCCAGGUUGCAAGGCAUGCAGGGUCUGCGCUGCACCCACCCAACCUUCUCAGAGCCCACACUGGCACUCGCCCUGUGCGGCUCCCAACAGCUGUUGCAGAAACAGCUGCAUUAAAUGGUAAGGCCUUAGUCUGGACAUCUUUACUCAUACAAAACUUUGGAAGUGGGAGUUUUACCUGAGUAAGGACCACAUACAAAUUGAACACGGUCUUCAGGGUUGGUUCCCAGUGCAUGGCUAUCCAUCCAAAUUAGCUUUUGGUUGUGUUCAUUUUCUUCAAGGGGCCAAGGGCUUUGGCCAUAUAGCAAAGAACGAUGAGGCGCAGCCUGUCUGUGCAAUGCAUGGCAUGAAAGGAAAACAGAGAUGCAGGUUUAAAAAUCUUGCAGUUAUACAUAAGGGCCCAAACUGUUUAAAAAGAAGACACCAGAAUUAGAUGCCCCAGCUCCCUUUUUGGGACAUGCAGCUCGUCAUCCAAAGUAAGACCAGCAGGCAUCUAGCCAAACUUCUCAGAAGACAUUAGUAGCUCUGGAUGUCUCCAUUUCAGGUGAGACCAAUUGUCCAAAAGCACCCACCUUCCGAAAA